CUUCUAGGGUUUUAUUUUCUUAUUACUACUAUUUUAUUUUAAAAAUGAAGAAAAUUCGUCUUCUUCCUAUUUCUCAUCAAACCCUAAGUCACUCACUGUAAACUCAAAACCAAAAACCGAUCUAACAAAAGAAAAAAAAAAAGAAAAAACUUUCUUGUAUUCCAAUCAAAUUCUGCUGUAUUCGCCCCCUCUUCGAUCUUGACCUAAAAAAUAUCUCAGAAUUUUUACAAACGAAAAACACAAAAACUUGAUAAAUCAAGAUUGGGUUAGAUUGAUUGAAUAUCAGACGCAACAAUAUCGAAAUCUCAAGAUGAAAUCAACACAAUAUCUUAAGUACUUUUGACCUCUUUUCGGAAGCUUGUUAUCAGAUUCAAGAUUUAGACCUCUCUUUCCGGACUCUCUUGAACUUAUUAUUAUCUUCUCUUUAUCUAAUGUCGAAUCAUGAAAUCCAAAAGGGGAACUGAAAUUUCAGCAAGGAUUUGAUAUAUAUUUUGAGAAGGAAUUUUUGAUUUUUUUUUUCUUAAGAAAAGGAUUAAAUAAAAAUGUUCAAAUCUAUGGUAUAUGAAGGGAAUUCACUACUUGGGGAAGUAGAGAUUUACCCUCGGAACCAGCAAAUGGACAUUAUUAUGUUGAACAAGGAAAUCAGGAUCUCAACCUAUUCACAACCUAGUGAAAGGUGCCCACCUCUUGCAGUACUUCAUACUAUUGCCCCCAACGGUGUCAGCUUCAAAAUGGAGGCAUCAAAGUCACAGUCUGAAGAUUCGCUAUUGUAUACAUUGCAUUAUUCUUUGCUUGGAGAGAACAAGACUGCAGUUAUGGGAGUAGGAGAGGAAGAGCUGCAUUUGGUGGCCAUGCCUUCCAGAAGAAAUCCCUCACACGGUGCAUGUUUCUGGGGCUUUUAUGCUCCACAGGGGCUUUACAACUCAUCUCUUGUGAUGUUGAACCUUCGAUGUCUUGGAAUUGUGUUUGAUCUAGAUGAGACACUAAUAGUCGCAAAUACGAUGCGUUCUUUUGAGGACAGAAUUGAUGCUUUACAGCGAAAAAUAACUACUGAGAUGGACCCACAGCGAGUUUCUGGCAUGUUACAAGAGAUUAAGCGAUAUCAAGAUGACAAAAAUAUCUUGAAACAAUAUGUAGAAACUGACCAGAUUGUGGAAAAUGGGAGGUUGAUCAAAGUUCAGUCCGAAGUCUUUCCAGCUUUGUCUGAUAAUCAUCAACCAAUUGUUCGUCCGCUUAUAAGGUUACAAGAGAAGAACAUUAUCUUGACUCGCAUCAACCCGUUGAUUCGUGACACAAGUGUUCUUGUGAGGUUGAGGCCUGCGUGGGAGGAUCUGAGGAGCUACUUAACUGCUAGAGGUCGUAAGCGUUUUGAGGUUUAUGUAUGCACAAUGGCUGAAAGAGAUUAUGCUUUAGAAAUGUGGAGGCUUCUUGAUCCUGAAUCAAAUUUAAUCAGCUCAAAUGAACUAUUGAAUCGCAUUGUAUGCGUCAAAGCGGGAUUGCGGAAAUCUUUGCUGAAUGUUUUUCAUGGUGGCAUAUGUGAUCCUAAAAUGGCUCUGGUUAUUGAUGAUCGUCUGAAAGUGUGGGAUGAGAUAGAUCAAACUAGAGUGCAUGUUGUUCCUGCAUUUGCUCCCUACUAUGCUCCUCAGGCUGAGGCAAACAAUGUAGUGCCGGUUCUUUGUGUUGCAAGAAAUGUUGCUUGCAAUGUUAGAGGUGGUUUUUUCAAAGAUUUUGAUGAAAGUCUUUUGCAACGGAUUAUUGGCAUAUUUUAUGAAGAUGACGUGGAAGAAGGCCCAUCUCCUCCUGACGUGAGCAACUUUUUGAUUUCAGAGGAUGAUGGUACUGCUGCAAACAGAGGUCCACUGCGCUUCGAGGGCAUGGCUGACGUUGAGGUUGAGAGGAAAUUGAAGGAUAUCGUGCCAGCUUUUUCAAUCCCCAAUAGUAUUGAUCCAAGGUUCUCGACUCUUCAGCAAUUUGUGGGUUCUUCAUCAAACCCAACAUUGCCUCAACCUUCUACGCAAGGCUCGGUAAUGCCAUUCCAUGAUCAACAGCUCCAACAACAACCUCAGGCACCACCAUCAUUUAAUCCAGUGAAUCGUGUGGGCCCAUCAGAAGCUAGCUUGCAAAAUUCUCCUGCCAGAGAAGAGGGUGAGGUCCCUGAAUCGGAAUUAGAUCCAGAUACAAGGAGAAGGCUUUUGAUUUUGCAACAUGGUCAAGACAUUAGAGAACAUCCCCCGAAGGAAUCUCCUCCCUUUCCAGUCAGGCCCCCCGCUCCACCAGUUCCUGGCCCGCCUAUACAAUCACGUGGAAAUUGGUUCCCAUCUGAAGAAGAGACUAGCCCACCAAAGCAAAACCGGGCAUUACCCAAACAAGUACAAAAGGAUUUUUCUGUAGAAUCAGAAGCUAUGCAUUUUGAAAACAGCCGACCUCAGCGUUCAUCUUCUUUUCAAGGGACCGGUGGUUCUGUUCAAUCAGAAAGAACAUUUCAUGAAAAUCUCAGAUUACCUAAAGAGGUACAUAUCGGAGAUGAUCGAGCAAAGUUAAGCCGUACACACCCAAAAUAUCAAUCCUUUUCAGGUGAGGAGGCGCCACUGGGUCGAUCAGCUUCAAACAACAAGUUGUCUCCUAGUCCUAAAGAUGAAGAGAUGCCUCUUGCUCGGUUAGCCCCGAGCAGCAAGGAUCUGCAGACUGAAUCUGGACGAGGUACUUCACAGUAUCCAGACACCCCUGCUAAAGUUUUACAAGAUAUUGCAAUCAAGUGUGGAUCGAAGGUGAUAUUCAGGUCAGCCUUGGUUACCAGUGCGGAAUUGCAGUUCUCGAUUGAGGUUUGGUUCAGCGGGGAAAAAAUAGGUGAAGGAAUUGGGAAGACGAGGAAGGAAGCCCAACGCCAAGCAGCAGAACGCUCUCUGAGGACUUUGGCUAAUAAAUAUUUAAUAAACGCUAAGCCAGAUCAAACUACUGUGUAUGGGGACCCUAACAAGCUUUCAAAUGUGGAUAUGAAUGGUUAUAUAAAUGAUUCAAAUUCUUUUCAUCAGCCAUUUCUGAAUGAGGACUCUGUACCAGCAUCAAGUACAUCAGAGCCCUCUAGGUAUCUGAACACGAGGAUGGAAGAAUCACAAAGUAACUUGGACCCCAUUUCUGCCCUUAAAGAGUUGUGUAUGGACGAAGGUCUUAAAUUAGAUUUUCGAACACGGCCAACAUCUUCAACUAGUUUAACCCACAAAGGAGAAGCUUAUGCCCAGGUUGAAAUAGGAGGUCAGGUGUUUGGAAAUGGUAAUGGGUUAACAUUGGAUGCAGCUACGGCGCAGGCAGCUGAAGAGGCCCUCAUGAAUCUAAAAGUCAAACUUGGUCAGGAUACUCAUAAACGCAUAGGUUCGCCGAGGUCAUUACAAGCAGCAGUUCCUAAUAAACGUUUUAAGCCAGAGUUCCCACGAGUAUUGCAACGAAUACCUCCAUCUGCAAGAUAUUAAUGCCAUGUCAGCCUCUAAAGGUUGGUUUAGGUUAUUACAAGCAGCACUUGAAGUAAAUGGUUGAAGCCAGAGUUCGCACGAGUAUUACAAUGGAUACCACCAUCUGCCAGAUAUUUUACUAACACCCAUCCUGUCCUUUACAAAAUGAGAGCUACAUGUUCAUUUUUCCGUUAUCUCAUGUAGCUGCCGAUGUUGAGAUAUAUGCACACCGUACAUUGGGAAUCAAAAGCUUGGGCUGUCGGGAUCUUCAAUUAGCAGUCCAUGCGUUACUAUCGAUUCUGUCAUUUGUACACAGAAAUUGCUUAGAAAGGCAAUAUAAGGGCAUCUCCUCUUCCCUGGUGCAUCUCACUAACUUCUGACGGUGUCAGGUUCUUAUGGAAGAAGAAAUCUAAAGAAUCAUUUAAUUAGUUCAGGGUUGUACAUUUGUUUAAGAUAGAACUUCUAUUUUGUGGGUAUAGAGAUGUAAAUUUAGGAGUUGGACCCCACUGGUCCCAACUUUCUUUGAAGUAGUUAUUGUCCCCUUUUUUGGUGAUUAACAUUUUUCUUUCAUGGGAAUAGUGGCUUUCUUCUGUAAGGUCAAGAUCAUCCUAAAAAAGCAUUUGCUGUAGUUUGCAAUGGGUGAAGCAUAAUUAGUAUGUAAGAAAAAGAUUGGUACCGAAACAGAAGUCGGAUGUAAUAUGGAUGUUUCUAUGUUGUAACGUCUCUGACCGCUUUUACAAUGUUUAUACGAACUUCUCACCUAA